CCCAGGAAGAAUGGCAGAAUAUGGAUGAUACUCAGCGGACUCUGUACAGGGAGGUGAUGCUUGAGACCUAUGACAAUCUGCUGUCCUUGGGGUACUCCAUGACAAAGCCUGAUGUGAUCUUCAAGUUGGAGCAAGAAUCAGCACCAUGGACAGUGGAGAAAUCUGUGAAACAGAGACUUCCAGAUCCCCAUGGAAAGAAUGAGCUGUUUGGAGCUAAUCAGAAAGGUCAAGAAAUAAUCUUCAGGCAAGUUGUAAUCAGAAAAAUUAUAUAAUAACUGAAAAGAGAGCUGCAUUGCCACAAAGAUGCUU